AACGCGUCAAGUUGGAGAAAGCUGUGAGGGAAUGACUCACAGAAAGCUGUGAAAACUGAAAAGCCCAAUUUAUCACGGUUCGGUUCGUUACUGAGUCAACUCAGAGACACGCACACAGAGUGAGAGACAGUGGCGCUUGACAAAGGGGAGGGGCUGAUGUGAAUCCCAUGGCAUGGCCUUCUCUCUCCCCCACUCCCUCAAAACAAUUGCACUCUUUCUCUCCCUCCUCUCCUCACUCCUCUUCUUUCUUCUCAAAUCCCCAGCCAAUCCCUUCCCUUUUCGUCAUAUCCCCAACAGAUCCCUCCUCACCAAAACGCCAUCUCCUUGCUCCAACUCCACCUCCAAUGCCCUCCUCAACUACUCCUGCCUCUUCAGCCAAAACCCAUUUCUCUCUAUCCUUUCCCUUUCCCUCCUCAUCCUCCUUUUCUUCUACAUCCUCAUCAAGACCGCACAGGACCACUUCUCCGUAGUGACCACCAAACUAGCCAACCAACUAAAUCUAUCACCAUCUAUUGGUGCUGUUACUCUAUUAGCCUUAGGCAAUGGCGCUCCAGAUGUGUUUGCAUCAGUUGCCGCUCUCCGUGGAGGCCAGUUUCGAACUGGGUUCGGUGCAAUACUCUCCGCCGGCACGUUUGUCUCUGCACUUGUUGUUGGUUUCGUGGCAAUCUACGCCGCACCCUUUUCGGUGGAUCCCGUGCCGUUUGUGAGGGACGUCUUGUUUUAUUUGAUUGCGGCGUUGUUUUUGUUCUAUGUCUACCUUAGUGCGGAGAUUUUUCUGUGGCAGGCUGUUGGGUUUGUUGUGUUUUAUGUGUUUUUUGUUGGGAUUGUGUUUUGGAUGGACUUGGGAUUGGUUGAAGGGAGAGGGAGAGGGAAAGGUGGGGUUGAGGUGGGUUUGGUUGGGGAAGGUGAGGUGGAGAGGGGUUUUGUUGCGGUGGACUGCGAGAUAGGAGAGGUUUCAGGAAAUCCGGGGGAAGUAAAGCCAGGUUUCGGGUUUUGUCGAGCUCUUGGAAUGAUGUCAAAAGUAUGGGAGCUUCCUGUCUCGUUUCUUUUAAAGAUCACAAUUCCACAAACCGCACCUUCAGAAUGGAGCAGAGUCUACGCGUCAGCCAAUGUCGCUCUUUGCCCCCUAGUCCUUUUAUGUGCUUGCAACACAUUCAUGCCAUUUGAUCAUCCGAUUGUUUUCCUCCUUCCACACACUCAUUUCCCUCUCUGGUUUAUAGUCCUACUGGCGAGCUCCUCUCUUGCGGUCCUCCACUUUAUAGUGGAAAAGGAGCCCCCAAAAACUGAGCAAUUGCCUGUAUUGAUCACAGCAUUUGUUAUGAGUGUGUUCUGGAUAUCCACCAUUGCUGGGGAACUGCUGAACUGCCUUGCAGCACUUGGGGAAAUUCUCGAAUUGCCGCCAGCACUCCUUGGACUCACUGUACUUGCAUGGGGAAACUCAGUUGGGGAUCUUGUUGCUGAUGUGGCAGUUGCCAAAGCAGGUCAGCCAGCAAUGGCCAUGGCUGGCUGCUUUGCCGGGCCAAUGUUUAACAUGCUUGUUGGGCUUGGAACUGCUUUGGUGAUGCAAACAGCCAAUGUUUAUCCAAAUGCUUAUGAGCUCCAUUUCCACAUGGGUAUCGUGAUUGCAUUUGUCUUCCUGCUAUUGAGCCUGAUGGGGUCUCUACUAGUUAUUAUUUGGUAUAGAUUCCGGGUGCCUAGGUUCUGGGGAUUCUGUCUUGUUGGUCUGUAUAUUGUUUUUACAGCCAUAAGCUUAGUUAUUGCCAAGUUUUCAGGGUAAUUUUUGACAUUUGUCUGCAUAAUGACCGGUGGAGUACAUUUAUCAAUGCCAGCCAAUGUGAGAGAGAUGCGGCUGCUACCUGUUGGGUAUCUCUGCUCGGGGGGACAUGCCAGUUGUUAGCAUUCGAAGGAGAAGGAUGAAAGGAUUGAGUAGACCGCAAUUUAAAGAUAGGUAGCUUACAGUUGGAUUAAUUUUGGUUCCUGAUUUGUUUAUCCACCGCGUAGGUGAUAUUCUUUAUUAAUUGCCAAAAAAAUUUUUUGAUUCAUAUCAGAAUCAUCUUCUUGUAAUAGGAAAAUGUCAAUGUAUAAUUUUUUGCCACAAAGUAUAGUCAUAUUGCAGUUA